AUGGGGAAAGGAUUGAUAAAAGCCGCGCUCAUUGGAGCAGCUGCGCUCUUUUGCGAACCAGCAGGAGCUGAUCGAGCCUGUAGCCCGAAUUCUUCUUCACCCUAUGGAUGGCGCGUCAGUGACGCGCGAUUUGACGGUGCAGAUCCGAGCACCACGGACGCAAAGGCAGUCGUAGCUGUUAGCAUCAUUCCAGAUACUACCAACACCUUCUUCGAAUGUGUCGCAGAGUGGCCAGAGUCUUGGGCGGGAUGGACAAAGGACGGUGACAUAAUCUGGAGUGACUGUAUCUGGUCGGCUGCAGGACCGACGCUCGACACAUCAGUCGCCUUCGCGCUUGAUUGGAAAACUCGCACCAUGUAUAUUUCACACACCUUUGCGUGCUCAGAUAAGAAUGGCUCGGAUUCUAUGGCGACAGGUUCCUUCAACCUCGAUUUGGACUGUGAGAACGCCGAUGACGAAAGCACGCAUUGUGCCCUGAAGACCAAGACUACGAGCCCAGGUCUACAGUUCAAGACAGUCGCCAGUGCGCCUCGCCUGGGGGCUAACGCAACGUGUGGAGAGAACGCAAAAGUGUACCAAUCUUGGCAGCUUCAGAAUUGGCAGCGGCAGUACAUGCUUACCCCUGGUGAACCCGCUAUACCUCCGGCUAUGGACUCUGGACCAUCGUUCAAGCUGCGCAAUAUGGCCAAUGGCGGAGUUUUCGAUUGCAUGCCUGGGAACAAGACGACGGACAAUGUUUUUGAUGGCGCUUGCACUCCAGCCGCUGGCGCGACACCAAACUCGAAAGUCUCCUUCCGCUUCGACCCUGUAUUGGAUAUGCUCUCCGUUACUCAACGCUGGCAAUGCGGUGCAGAGUAA